UCUGACUAUACUCCGCCCCUCAUCUUUCCAAGCUCCGCCCGCACCCAGUCAAGCUCCGCCCACGCUGCCUCAGCUCGGCCGCAGAGCUUGAGGGCCGCGCUGAAGCCGUUGCCGAGAUGUCCGCGUUGAGGGCUGCGCCGCAAGUGCUUCAAACCAUUGCACGGCAUGGAUGGAGAUCAUGUUCUAGUAAACCUGCUCACAAGUUACAUGUAGGCAAAUCUGGAGCUGGAUUUAGCUUUGAACUUACUGAUGAACAGAAAGAGUUUCAAGCUACUGCUCGUAAAUUUGCAGUGGAGGAAAUUAUUCCUGUUGCUGCACAAUAUGACAGAACCGGAGAGUAUCCUGUUCCACUUAUAAAACGGGCUUGGGAACUUGGUCUUAUGAAUUCACACAUACCGGAAAGCUGUGGUGGUCUUGGCCUCGGCACUUUUGAAACGUGCCUUAUUACGGAGGAGAUAGCGUAUGGGUGUACAGGGGUUCAGACUGCCAUUGAAGCAAACUCCCUAGGGCAAAUGCCAGUAAUCAUUGCAGGAAAUGAGCAUCAGCAGAAAAAAUACUUAGGAAGAAUGGUAGAGGAGCCACUGAUGUGUGCUUACUGUGUAACGGAGCCUGGAGCAGGCUCUGAUGUGGCUGGUGUAAAAACAAAGGCUGAGAAAAAAGGAGAUGAAUAUGUGAUCAAUGGUCAGAAGAUGUGGAUCACAAAUGGUGGGAAAGCAAACUGGUAUUUUUUGCUGGCUCGUACUGAUCCAGAUCCAAAAGCCCCUGCAAGCAAAGCCUUUACUGGAUUCAUUGUAGAAGCUGAUAGUCCUGGAAUCCAAAUUGGAAGGAAGGAAAUGAACAUGGGGCAGCGCUGCUCAGACACAAGAGGUAUUGUCUUUGAAGAUGUGCGAGUCCCAAAAGAAAAUGUAUUAAUAGCUGAGGGAGCCGGCUUUAAAAUUGCAAUGGGAGCUUUUGAUAAGACCAGACCACCCGUAGCAGCUGGUGCUGUUGGAUUAGCAAAAAGAGCGCUUGAUGAAGCUACCAAAUACGCUUUGGAGAGAAAAACCUUUGGGAAAGCGAUUGUUGAACACCAAGCAGUGUCUUUCUUGCUUGCUGAAAUGGCAAUGAAAGUGGAACUUGCUAGGUUGGCUUACCAGAGAGCUGCAUGGGAGGUUGAUGCUGGCCGCAGGAAUACGUACUAUGCUUCCAUUGCAAAGGCGUUUGCUGGUGACAUUGCAAACCAAGUAGCUACAGAUGCGGUACAGAUUUUUGGAGGAAAUGGAUUUAAUACUGAGUAUCCUGUAGAAAAACUAAUGAGGGAUGCUAAAAUCUACCAGAUUUAUGAGGGAACUGCUCAGAUUCAGAGGAUGAUCAUAGCUCGUGAACAUAUUGGCAAAUUUAAGGCUUAAAGAAACAUAUAAAGUAUACCUGGUGCUGCUGCAGUGUUCUGUAUUCUCAUGGAAGAAGAUUUCAGUGCCUUUCUCAAUAGAAUCAAAAAGGUGUGGAGGAAAAAAAGCUUUCAAAAUCUUUUUGUUCUGUACAUCAUUAAGCACUACUUCUGUUCUCCUUGUCCAGUCACUCACUUCAUUCCAGACAAAGCUGGUAUCUUCUAAACAUUCUGAAUUCCAGAAUAAUUGGUUGUUCAAUACAAAGUGGGCAAGAAAUGAGGACCGCACAAUGCAGUGUUUUCUAACUAUAAAAUUAGAUGAUCAGAAUGAUACUUCUGACAGUUACUGCUGUAUUCUAAUAAAUUUUUCUAAGAGAAGCGUG